GGGGAGGUCGCGGUGGCCGUCGCCGUCGCUCCGCCGCUGCUCGCGCGUCCCGUCGGGGUCCGCCGGCGCCAUGGCCGAGCUGUGCCCGCUGGCCGACGAGCUGUCGUGCUGCAUCUGCCUGGAGCUCUUCAAGGAGCCGGUCACCACCCCGUGCGGCCACAACUUCUGCAUGUCGUGCCUGGACGAGACCUGGGCCGUCCAGGGCGCGCCGUACCAGUGUCCUCAGUGCCGCACCGUCUACACCACGCGCCCGCUGCUGCGCAAGAACACGGUGCUGUGCGCCGUGGUGGAGCAGUUCCAGCAGGCCGAGCAGGCGCAGGCGCCCGCCGAUGACUGGACGCCGCCCGCCCGCUCCCCGGCCCCCAGCCCCUCCGCGCAGGUGUCCUGCGACCACUGCCGGAAGCAGGUGGCCGUGAAGACCUGCCUGGUGUGCAUGGCCUCCUUCUGCCAGGAGCACCUGCGGCCGCACCUGGAGAGCCCGGCGUUCCUGGACCACUCGCUGCAGGCCCCGGUCAGCGACCUGCAGCGCCGCAAGUGCCCCCAGCACAACCGUCUGCGGGAGUUCUUCUGCCCCGAGCACAGCGAGUGCAUCUGCCACGUCUGCCUGGUGGAGCACAAGGUCUGCUCGCCCACGCCCCUGAAACUGGCCAGCGCCGACCUGGAGAGCAAGCUGAGGCAGAAGCUCAGUGUCCUGUACGGGCAGAUCAGCGGGGCGUCCCGUGCGCUGGAGGAGGUGCGAGCCAGGAAGCAGAGCGCGCAGGAUGCCGCAGGCCGGAAGAUUGAGCAGCUGAAACAGGAAUACAAGGAGAUGAAGUCGCUCAUUGACUCCUCCGAGGCCAGCGCUACUCGCAGGCUAAAGGAAGAGGAGAAGAGGGUCAGCAGCAAGUUUGACAGCAUUUACCAGAUCCUGCUCAAGAAGAGGAAUGAGAUCCAGACCCUGAAGGACGAGCUCGAGCUCAACCUGGCCAAGGGGGAUGAGCUUGAGUUUCUGGAGAAAGGGUCCAAGCUGCAAGGAAUCACCAUGAAGCCAGUCUACAUCCCCAAGGUGGAGCUGGAUCACGAGCUCAUAAAGGGCGUCUGGCAGGGCACCUUCGACCUCAAGAAUGAGCUGAUACGGGCCGUGCGGCAGCCCCAGGACAAAAAGCCCCAGGAGUCCCCCAGCUCAGGUGACUCUGGAGACCACAUCGCAGACCCCAGCCAGAAAGGCCAAAGUGCGGUGAAGAAGCUCACACAUGAAAAGAAGGUCAAGAAACCCGCCACUACCGCGGCCCCUACGUCACCCAAGAUGCCCACCUUUGGGGCCCUGGGACAGGCGGUGGAUCUGAAAGCAGCUGACCAGAAUGCCAAAGCCGCUGACGUUCAGUCUCUCAAGGCCAAGGUACUCGAGAAGUUCCUAGCCAAGUCCAGACCUGAGCUCCUAGAGUAUGCUGUGAAAGUCAUCCUGGACUACAACACGGCCCACAACAAGGUGUCUCUGUCGGAUAACUACACGGUGGCGUCGGUGGCGGAGGUGCCGCAGUACUACCGGCCGCACCCGCAGCGCUUCACCUACUGCUCGCAGGUGCUGGGCCUGCACUCCUACCGGAAGGGCAUCCAUUACUGGGAGGUGGAGCUGCAGAAGGGCACCUUCUGCGGGGUGGGCGUCUGCUACAGCAACAUGGAGCGCCAGGGCCCCGAGAGCCGCCUGGGCCGCAACGCCGCGUCCUGGUGCGUGGAGUGGUUCAACAACAAGAUCUCUGUGUGGCACAAUAACGCGGAGAAGACGCUGCCCUCCACCAAGGCCACGCGGGUGGGCGUGCUCCUCAACUGCGACCACGGCUUCCUCAUUUUCUUCGCCGUCUCCGCCGACAAGCUCCACCUGAUGUACAAGUUCAAGGGGGUGGAGUUCAGCGACGCCCUGCACCCGGCCUUCUGGAUGUUCUCCGUGGGGGCCAGGCUGUCCAUCUGCCCGCUCAAGUAGCAGGCUGCCAAUCCGCGGGUGACCGCCUGUGGGGGUGUCUGAGACCCGCGGCUUGGGGGACAGGUGGGACUCUCUUUGGGGAGCGUCCCUGAGUCCUGGGGGGAGGGGGAGGAGAGGUGAUGGGGUAGGGGAGGGGGGAGGAGGGGAGCAGCCAGGGAGGAGGGUGAGGGGGCGUUGCACCUCCAUGCCCACCCAGGCAGGUGGCUUCUCCCCCCCUCUUUGCCCACCUGGGAAAUCUCUAGGCUGCUGGGCAGUGGGGCAGAGCUUCGGGGAGUAAAAUCACGAGUGCCCUCUCCCUCUGGCAGAAAGAAGAUCGAUAUCCGGGUCAGGUUCUUUCUCAGGCUACAGGUGUCUGCCCUUCAGCUCUCUGGGGCAUCCUUCUGACCUUGGUGUUUGAUUACUCUCUAGACUGUUAAAAAGUUUCAGAAUCAGCCAGGCGUGGUGACGCAUGCCUGUAAUCCCAGCGCACUGGAGGCU